CCUGUCCAUAGCAUUGCUACUACUGUUGCGAUAUAUACAGCCAUUGAUAUAAUACCGACCCCAACGCAAUGCAUUGUCGACAGUCUGACGCGAUCCAUCAUACCAGUAACUUGGUAGGUGUUUCCGAUGACGAUGAUUACUUGUCACGGAGAGGUUGAUCAAGCUCGAAGCAGCGGUGGCAACGCGCUGCCGUCACGCUGCAGGGCGAGUCUGCUGGACAAGUUGGCUGGUGCACGUCUUCAGAAGAUCAAGGCAGGAUUGGUGAAGCCAGGACUCGCCGCUUGAUGGCGACGAGGAUGACGACCUGCAUACUUACACGUCGCGCCGAUGUUGAUGGCGCUGGACACGGAGCGUAGGACAGAAAGGCUUCACAAGGGGCUGCCUAGGAGAGUGCCUAGGAGAGUAGGAAGCGGAAAUUUUUCAGUGCUCGCUCAAUCUAUUCAUUCUACAACUUUUCUUCCGGAA